AUGACCCACACGCCCACGCCGCGCGUGCCCCGCCGCCUACCUGUGACGUGGUCGCUUCAGCCAUGGCUUCCGAAGGAAGAGUGUGAGGAUACUGCGGAAACGCACAAUUUGCCUUCCUGGCCCACAGUGGACAUGAGAGACCUGUCGUCGGCCGAGCUGCCAGAGGCAGAUGAGGAGCCUGCAGCUGAUUACACGCGGCAAUAUGCCGAAGCUGCCCAGCAUCGACUUUCCACUUUCUGGUUCGAUCUCGAUGUGGGUGAGAUCGACUGGGAUGCGACCUACUCCCAGGCACCAGUUUGCAAGUCCUUCGACGAAGGUCGCCAGUGUCGCCUUCGCUGCCCACAGGGAUUUGGUAUUCGCCUCCACGAGCCGGAUGAUCCGGAAAAGCUGAACUUCACGCUGAUGGAUG